AUGGAGGGGCCUUUGUCUCACUCUGUGUUUCUUGACCCCAGCACUGACAGUGCCGAGGAGUACGACUAUGAUUACCUUGGUAUCAACAAAACCUGGGUCCUGACUCCCAGGGCACAUGACACUGAUGCCACCCAGAUCUUGAAUACUCUUCUGAAGGACUAUGACAGCAAGCUGAGACCUGACAUUGGAAUCAAGCCUACAAACAUUGAUGUUGAUAUCUAUGUGAACAGCAUUGGACCAGUAUCUGUCAUCCAGAUGGAAUACACCAUUGACAUCUUCUUUGCCCAGAGCUGGUAUGAUCGCCGCCUCCGCUUCAACAGUACCCUUAAAGCUCUAACUCUGAACAGCAACAUGGUAAGCCGCAUCUGGAUCCCGGAUACCUUUUUCCGGAACUCCAAGAGGGCCGACUCGCACUGGAUCACCACACCCAAUCAGCUACUGCGCAUCUGGAAUGAUGGGAAGGUUCUUUACACCCUUAGGCUGACCAUAGAGGCUGAAUGUCUCCUCCAGCUCCAGAACUUCCCGAUGGACACCCAUUCCUGCCCUCUCAUCUUUUCUAGCUAUGGUUAUCCGGCUGAAGAGAUCGUUUACCGUUGGAGGCGCUACUCCAUUGAAGUAUCAGACCAGCGUUCCUGGAGGCUCUACCAGUUUGACUUUACAGGACUGCGGAACACAUCGGAAGUCCUCCGGACUGGUGCUGGUGAUUACAUGGUCAUGACUGUUUCGUUUGACCUAAGCCGGCGGAUGGGCUAUUUUGCCAUUCAGACCUAUAUCCCUUGCAUAUUGACUGUGGUACUCUCUUGGGUUUCCUUUUGGAUCAAGAGGGAUUCCACUCCUGCUAGGACAUCCUUGGGGAUCACCACCGUGCUUACCAUGACCACCUUGAGCACCAUUUCCCGAAAGCACCUCCCCCGUGUUUCCUAUGUGACCGCCAUGGACCUCUUUGUCUCCGUGUGCUUCAUCUUUGUCUUCGCCGCCUUGAUUGAGUAUGCCACACUCAACUACUUGGUGGGAAACAGGAGGCUGCUAGCGGGCAGCAGCAAGCGGAAAUCCAGGCCUCGUCCUGCCAGCGCCAGGGCUAUUGCCAGUGCCAGGGCCAUUGCCAGUGCCAGGGCCAGCCCCCGGGCCAGCCCUAGGGCCAGCCCCAGUACCAGCAUCAGUCUUGGUGCCGCUCUUGGUGCCAAUAUCAGUGCCAGUGCUGGCCCCAGCCUCUGUACCAGUGUUGGUGCCGGUGCCGCUUUUGGUGCUGGUCCUGGUGCCACCUUUGGUGCUGGUGCCACUUUUGCUGCUAGUCCUAGUGCCACUUUCGGUGCUGGUGCCACUUUCGGUGCUGGUCCUGGUCCCAUUUUGGUUGCUGGUCCCAGUGCCCCUUUUGGUGCUGGUCCCAGUCCUACUUUGGUUGCUGGUCCCACUCCCACUUUGGUUCCUGGUCCCAGUGCCACUUUUGGUGCAGGUCCCGGUGCCGCUUUUGGUGCUGGUCCCAGUCCCACUUUGGUUCCUGGUCCCACUCCCACUUUGGUUGCUGGUCCCACUCCCACUUUGGUUGCUAGUCCCACUCCCACUUUGGUUGCUGGUCCCAGUCCCACUUUGGUUGCUGGUCCUGGUGCCACUUUUGGUGCUGGUCCCACUCCCACUUUGGUUGCUGGUCCCAGUCCCACUCUUGGUGCUGGUCCUGGAGCUACUCUUGGUGCUGGUCCUGGAGCUACUCUUGGUGCUGGUCCUGGUGCCACCUUUGGUGCUGGUGCCAAUGCUGGUGCCACUUUUGGUCCUGGUACUGGUGCCAGUGUCAGUGGCAUGCCUGCCUUCACUGCCAUCACUAUUACCAGCAGCAUGCCCUGGGUCCCGGAUCGAAUAGAGGAAGAAGACGAUGAUGAUGAUGAGGAUGAGGAAGAACAGGAGGAGACCACUUGCUGCCCAGGGAAGGAAUGUCAGCAGUUCUUCUGCUGCAUUGAAGAUUGCCAGAGAGGCACAUGGAGGGAAGGCCGUGUCCGCAUCCACAUCUCCCGCCUGGAUACCUACUCUCGAGUCUUCUUCCCCACUGCGUUCCUACUGUUCAACGUAGUGUAUUGGAUCGCUUAUCUGUACCUCUAA